AUGAUCUCACCGCGCGCCAUCGCUGCUACUUCUCGAGCUCGCCUUCGUGAUGCGGUGUAUGCUGGUCCUGUUCGUCGCCUUGUCGGCAACACCAAUGUCAAGCCCAGCCUCGCCGCCAGUGCACGUCUGAGAACCAUUCAUGGGAACUCGGCUCAGCGGGCGCAGCAGGUCGCGCAAUCCCCUCACCUCACUUCACCCCAGCUCUCUCAGACCGACUCACAAGUCGUGGUUCACUGGGGAGAUGGUCGCAGCUCGACAUUCGACAACCAGUUCCUGUUUGACCACUGUCGCUGUCCGUCGUGCUUCCACCCCAAGACCUUGCAGCGCCUCAAGACUCUUGGUCCGGUGAACCCGGACAUGAGGAUCAACUCCAUCGAGCUAAAGAAUGACGCCCUUCACAUCACCUGGGGGACGACUCCGGCUCAUCAGUCCACCUUUCCUCUCGGCUUCCUGCAACAGGCCUCCUAUGAUCCCCCUCUGCUGAACCGCGACCAGCUUCUGGACCGAACUCCACUCAAGCUUUGGGGUUCCAGCAUUGCAGAGAAUCCACCCACCGUCACAUACGACUCUGUCAUGCCUGAAAAGACCGGUGCUGAUGCUGAGAAGGGUGUCAUGAAGUGGCUCGAGAAGGUGCACGACUAUGGUUUCUGUUUCGUGACGGGUGUCCCGACAUCUGCCACGGCCACAGAGGAGCUCAUCCGUCGGAUGGCAUUCAUUCGCGAGACUCACUACGGAGGCUUCUGGGCGUUCACGGCAGACAUGUCCAAAGGCGACCUUGCUUACAGCAACGAAGGCCUGCCAGCCCACACCGACACUCCUUACUUCACGGACCCUGCUGGGCUGCAGAUCUUCCACUGCCUCUCUCACCCUUGCCCUCCCGGGACUGGUGGCGAGACGCUUCUGGUUGAUGCCUUCUACGUCGCCGACCAGGUCGCUAAGCGUGACCCAGCUGCAUACGAAACCCUUUCGCGCCUGGCAGUUCCCUUCCACGCCUCUGGCAACGAGGGGACGAUGCUUCGGCCUCCUGUAAGCCAACCAAUCCUCCGCCACGACCACGUUGGCCGUCUGCAGCAGGCUCGGUGGAACAACGAGGAUAGGUGUGUCCUUGGAGAGGGAUGGACCCCUACCGAGAUUCGCCAAUGGUACGCUGCCGCUCGCCUCUUUGAUGACAUUUGCACCAGCAAGGAGGCCGAGUAUUGGGUCAAGCUUACACCCGGAACUGUCGUUGUGAUCGACAACUGGCGUGUCAUGCACGGUCGCGCAGCUUUCACAGGGCAGCGGACCAUGUGUGGCGCGUAUGUCGGCGCGGACGACUGGCGUUCCCGCCGCCGCGCUCUUCUCCGCCAGUUCAGCUCGACCGGCUCUGCUGACUGGAACUCUGGAUGGUAA